AUGUUGGUGGUGGUGAUGUUGGCCAUGAUGUUGGUGGAGGUGAUGGUGGUGGCGGUGGUGGUGGUGGAGUUGAUGGUGGUGGCGAUGGUGGUGGUGAUGAAUAUGUCUGAGACCCCUCUGUUUGCUGAGAUCUCUCUGUUUGUCAAAGAAGCUGGCAAAGACCUCACCUAUCUCAUAGUUGUGCUCAUCGGACUUGGAGUAACUGGUUGGUUGUUGUAAGUGGUGUUCCAGGAGCUGUUCUCCUCCUCCAGCCCCAACAAGGUCUACAGCAAAGCCUUCAACGAAGCCAGGUUACACCCAGAGGUGAUUGGAGUGUUUGGGGAGCCAAUCAAGUGCUUUGGUGAGACGUCCCGUCGUGGUAGAAGACAGCGAGUUAGUCAUGUAGAGUAUAUGAAGGAUGGACUAAAGCACAUGAGGCUGAAGUUCUACAUUGAAGGGGAAGAACCUCAGGGAACGGUGCACACGGAAUCCAAAGAGAACCCUGAAACUAGGAAGUUAGAGUUUCGCUACAUCUUGUUCAUUUGUUCUUUAACUGACUUGCCUAGUUAAAUAAAGGUAACAUAAAUAAAAAAUACUCUAAACUGUUGCACAGAUGCUAUUUGUGUUUUGACACUCAAAAGUGAGAAUGUAGCCUAUUUUCUUGGUUGUGGAGCAGUACUAAACGGAGACACAAACCUGCCAAGAGAUCAUUGGGAUUUUGCUUAAGAUGAUUUGGUGUAAAAGUAAAAGUUGAGAAAUGAUUUGUCAACAUUAACGAGUGUGUUCCUGCGAUGAGAUUUGACAUCUCGUGAGCUAAAUAUUGCGUUGACAUUUAUACCCCUUGGAAUUUAAAUGUCAAUCACGUUUUGCAAUGGUGUUCCCCACCUUCAAGUGUAUUGGAGAAAGAAAUUACAUUUUAUUUAAUAUAAUACAUUUAUUAAAAGUGUAUCUCUUUGAUUUUUGUGUGUAUGGACACCAGAUGGUGACAUUUCCACAGGCCUGCUCACAUUUCCACAGGCCUGCUCACAUUUCCACAGGCCUGCUCAUAUUCCCAGUCAGAUGCUCACAUUUCCAGUCAGAUGGUGACAUUUCCAGUCAGAUAAUCACAUUUCCAGUCAGAUGGUGACAUUUCUCAAUCCAAUAAAUGAAGGAUUACUUUAUCAAAAGCAUAAGUGAAUGUACAGUGCCUUGCGAAAGUAUUCGGCCCCCUUGAACUUUGCCACC